AGAACUAAAAAGAAGGCAAGAUGGGAAACCCAGAAAACAUUGGAGAUGCAUAUGUUGCUGUGAUUCGUCCAAAAAAUACUGCUAGUCUGAAUUCUCGGGAAUAUCGAGCUAAAUCCUAUGAGAUAUUGUUGCUCGAAGUUCCCAUUGAAGGCCAAAAGAAAAAAAGAAAGAAGGUUUUGUUGGAAACUAAACUGCAGGGAGGCACUGAGAUAGCCCAGAGCAUCUUGGAUUAUGUUUUAGAAGCCACCAAACCAAUUUCACCAGCCAAUCAGGGUAUCAAAGGAAAGCGAGUAGUGUUGAUGAAGAAGUUCCCUCUUGAUGGAGAGAAGGCAGGCCAGGAGGCAUCUCUCUACAUUGUUCCAACUGUUGUCAAAGAUAAUACAAAAUACACGUACAGCCCUGGAUGCCCCGUGUUCUACUGCUUACAAGACAUCAUGAGGGUCUGCAGUGAGUCCAGCACCCAUUUUGCUACGCUUACUGCAAGGAUGCUAAUUGCCUUGGAUAAGUGGUUGGAUGAACGCCAUACCCAGUCUCACUCCAUCCCAGCUUUAUUCAGACCAUCUCCUCUUGAGAGAAUUAAAACAAAUGUAAUAAACCCUGCCUAUGCUAUAGAACCUGGUCAGACAGAGAGCUCAUUACACAUGGGUUAUACUGCCCUAGAAAUAAAGAGUAAAAUGUUGGCAUUGGAGAAGGCAGAUGUGUGUAUCUACAAUCCUUUGUUUGGCUCUGACCUUCAGUAUACUAACAGGGUUGACAAAGUGGUAAUAAAUCCCUACUUUGGCCUUGGAGCCCCGGACUAUUCAAAAAUUCAGAUUCCCAAAAGAGAAAAGUGGCAACGUAGCAUGAGCAGUGUCACCGAGGACAAGGAGCACCAGUGGGUAGAUGAUUUCCCCCUUCAUCGCAGUGCUUGUGAAGGUGAUUCUGAUUUACUGAGCCAGCUUCUGGAUAAAAAGUUUUCUGUUAACCAGUUGGAUAGUGACCAUUGGGCGCCCAUUCAUUAUGCGUGCUGGUAUGGAAAAGUUGAAGCCACUCGAAUGCUGCUGGAGAAAGGAAAGUGCAAUCCCAACCUUCUGAACGGGCAGCUGAGCUCUCCCCUUCAUUUUGCUGCUGGAGGCGGCCAUGCCGAAAUAGUGCAAAUUCUACUGAAUCACCCAGAAAUCGACAGACACAUUACUGAUCAACAAGGAAGAUCUCCACUGAAUGUCUGUGAAGAAAACAAACAAAAUGAAUGGGAAGAAACUGCAAAACUGCUGAAGGAAGCCAUGAAUAAACCUUAUGAAAAGGCACGAAUCUAUCGUAUGGAUGGGUCAUACCGCUCUGUUGAGUUGAAACAUGGAAACAAUACAACUGUACAGCAGAUAAUGGAGGGGAUGCGUUUGUCUCAAGAAACUCAGCAGUACUUUACCAUCUGGAUCUGUUCUGAGAACCUCAGCCUCCAACUAAAGCCAUAUCACAAGCCUUUGCAGCAUAUUCGAGACUGGCCCGAAAUAUUCACUGAACUGACAAACUUGGAUCCUCAAAGGGAAACUUCACAGCUUUUCCUGAGGAGAGAUGUGAGACUUCCAUUGGAAAUUGAGAAAAAGAUUGAGGAUCCACUGGCCAUUCUUAUCCUGUUUGAUGAAGCCAGGUAUAAUUUGCUGAAAGGUUUCUAUACAUCACCUGAUGCCAAGCUGAUCACACUGGCAAGUCUGUUGUUGCAAAUAGUCUAUGGAAAUUAUGAGAGCAAGAAACAUAAACAGGGCUUUCUAAAUGAAGAAAAUCUUAAAUCUAUAGUACCAAUCACUAAGCUGAAAAGUAAAGCUCCUCAUUGGACAAACAGGAUACUUCACGAAUACAAGAAUCUCAGCACCAGUGAAGGUGUAAGUAAAGAGAUGCAUCAUCUUCAGCGCAUGUUUUUGCAGAAUUGCUGGGAGAUUCCUACUUACGGAGCAGCCUUUUUCACAGGACAGAUAUUCACCAAAGCCAGUUCAAGUAGCCACAAGGUCAUCAAGGUUUAUGUAGGAGUAAAUGUAAAAGGGCUGCACCUUCUCAACAUGGAGACUAAGGCCUUACUCCUCAGUCUGAAGUAUGGUUGCUUUAUGUGGCAAUUGGGAGAUGGAGAUACAUGUUUUCAAAUCCACAGUCUGGAAAACAAAAUGAGCUUUAUUGUGCAUACCAAGCAGGCAGGUCUCGUUGUAAAACUUCUGAUGAAAUUAAACAGCCAGUUAAUGCCAAGUGAAAGAAACGAAUGAUGGACAAUAGUUAAGGAACAGCAUCUUCUGGUUAAGGAAAAAUAACUUUAUUCUUGUCAUAACAAAACAUUCAUGUAUGUGAAAUUUACAGAAUGGAAAAGUAAAUGUGUACAGUUUUUUAACUUGGUACAAAAGCUGCAUGCUUUAUUUUUUUAAAAGUAUAAAAUAUUAUUUUUAUAAGUAUAUUUUGUUUCAUAUAUAAGCUAUUGUA